AUGGCUUCUUCUCUCCCCACCUUCCCACGUAUAGUAUUCACUAUUAUAGAGCCUAUCUCUUUAGUUGUUGGUUUUGCUGGUGCCGUCAUUGAUCCAGCUUGGUUCAUCGGAGAACAAUCUCCCCAGAAGAACGACGGUGAUGCUUCUCCCAAUAGCAUUGUUAUAGCCUGGCAGCUAGGGAAUUUGUAUUUGCUGCUAGCAUUCAUUGGGGUCGCGAUCCUGUCAACCACGACUGAAAACCGAGUUGUUCGCUCAUAUCUCAUUGCUCUUUGGCUCGCAGAUAUUGGUCAUGUUGGCUUCAGCUCUUAUGGGAUAGGCCGGGAUAGGUUGCUAAGCCCUCUCCAGUGGAAUGCCAUGACUUGGGGAAAUGUUGGAAUGACGUUAUUCCUUUUCUUCACGCGAACAGCCUAUCUCACGGGCUUCUUUGGACCUGAUCACGUCAACAAAUCCGUCAAGACCGCCUAA